AUGAAGACGGUGGCGGAUCAACGGCGGCGGGCGGCAACUACAUACAGACCGGGGCAGUGGGUGUGGUUGUCCACAAAGGAUCUGCCACUCAGGGUCUUGUCAAAGAAGCUCGCUCCAAGGUCCCUACGGGUUCAUCCAACGUUCCACGUCAGCCGAAUCAAGCCGGUUCUGGUCAGUCCCCUGAUUCCACCCUCCAAACCCCCCCCCCGUGUUGUUGAUGGCGGUCCGGUGUACUCUGUCAAACGUCUCCUGUCAGUGAGAAAUCGAGGCCGAGGUCAUCAAUUUCUGGUUGAUUGGGAGGGCUACGGUCCUGAAGAACGGUCCUGGGUCCCGUCCAGUUUUAUCGUGGGCAAAGACUUAAUCGAGGACUACUACAGGUGUCAUCCGGAGGUCCCAGGGCCGUCAGGUGUCAUCCCUAGAGGGGAGGGACAACAGUGUGAUUCUAACACAGAGUUUUGGACAGAUGAGUCCACUCGCUGCCUCUGUUCUGGGGGCCAUCUCUCCUGCUCUCCCAUUCAGUGCCCUAAGGGCCAAAUCUGCCGUCCUCGAGUAGAAAGAUCCAGUGGGAUUCACGCCUCUGGGAUGUGCACGAUACACAGUCACACAGACUGCAGCACUUUUGAUGGAGUGCUCUUCCGCUUCAUGGCCUCCUGCACCUACACGCUGGUUAAGACCUGCUCACCCUCUGAGACUCUGCCAUUGUUCAGUGUGGAAGUAGUGAAUGAGAAAAACUGGAACUCAUCUCUGCCAACUGUUCAGGAGGUUAUUGUAGACAUGGGGAACUUCAGAGUGUCCCUGCUGAAAAGACAGACGCAUCGCAUUGUGGUUAAUGGUGUCUGGAAGAAGCUUCCACUGAGCCUUAACAAUGGCUCUGUCAAAGUCAAGAGCAACCCCGCUGCUGUUGAACUGGAAACCAGUUUUGGUCUCUCUGUCUCAUAUGACAACGCUGGUGCUGUCCAAGUGGCGCUGCCAUCCACUUACUCUGACCAAGUCUGUGGCUUGUGUGGAAACUAUAACCACCUCAGAGAAGAUGACUUCAGAAAGCCAGAUGGAACAAAUGCCCAUGAUGCUACAGGUUUGGCUGAGAGCUGGCGGACUGGGCAAAGCACUUCCUCCUGUGAUACCAUUCUAUUACCACAUCAGUGUGACCCGCUGGAGGAGGCAGAGUAUGCCAGUGAGCUGUACUGUGGGGGCCUCCUCUCCAGCACUGGGCCCUUUGCUGGCUGCCUAUCAGUUCUGGGGGCAGAGAGCUACUUCAGGGCCUGUGUGGUCGGCAUGUGCUCUACCCACGGUGACACAGCAGUACUUUGUGAGACAUUCCAGAUUUACACCGAUAUCUGCCAGGAGGCUGGAGUCACCAUACCCACAUUGAGGAACUCUACACUAUGCCCCCUUCAGUGUGGUGAGAACAGCCACUAUAACUCAUGUGCUGAUGGUUGUCCCGAGAUGUGCUCCGGUUUGGAUGCAGUUGGCUCCUGUGGAAGCUGUGAGGAAAGAUGCGAGUGUGACUCUGGCUUUAAACUCAGUGAGGGAAAGUGUGUCGCAGCAGAGGACUGUGGGUGCUGGGAUAAUGGAAAACACUAUGAGAAAGGAGCAUCAUUCUCGAAAGGGGAGUGUGAGCAGCAGUGUCAGUGCAUGGGUACAAAUGAGGUGCAGUGCACCACAAUGCAAUGCUCAGACAAUGAUGUCUGUAAAGUCAAGGAUGGGGUCAAAGGCUGCUUUCCAUUCAAACCUGCCACCUGCAGUGUGUAUGGUGACCCACACUAUAUCACCUUUGAUGGGAUGGCAUAUGACUUUCAAGGGGGCUGCAGUUACACGCUGACUACCACGUGCGGAGGAGAAAGCUCAGUACAGUUCACUGUGAUUGGACACAACAUGCAUCUUCCCCACACGAAUUUCACUCCAUCCAAGCUGGAAGCUGUGGAUCUCCAAGUUGACGAUUUAUACGUCACACUGAAUCAGAGCGGGAAGGUGAAUAAAAGCAGAGUCCGACUGCCCUAUUCCACCAAUGGAUCAUAUGGCUCAGUAUGGGUCUACCUGAAGAACAAUUAUAUCAUCUUGGAAACAACCUUUGGCCUCAGAAUGAUAAUAGACGCACAGAACAGACUCUUCCUCCACGUUGAUGAACGCUACAAGUAUGAACUUUGCGGACUGUGUGGCACCUUCUCGGACCGUCAGGAGGAUGACUUUGUGACACCAGGAGGCCAAAAUGCAACUGGUCCAUUUGAGUUUGGUGACAGUUGGAAGGUGCCAGGCAAUAACGAGUGUAUUUCCCACCCAGAUGAUCCCAGACAAUGUGAUGUUGAUGAGGAGAAUGAGGCCUACAAUGAGUGCUACAUCCUACUAGGGGACGCUUUCAAGCCCUGCCAUGAAACCAUUCACCCAAGCAUCUACCUCAGCGAUUGUGUGUAUGACUUCUGUGCCACACGUGGUGACCGACACACACUAUGUGAAUCUCUUAAGUCCUAUGCAGCAGCAUGCCAUGUUGCAGGAGUGGAGCUACCUCAUUGGCAGACAGACACAGCCUGUGCUGAACCCACACCUACUACAACUCUUCCACCAUCACCUUCAACUACUACUUCUACAACAGAUCAGACUUUCUGUCCCAUAAACUGUGACUUUGAAAAUAAUCUGUGUGGGUGGGAGCAGCUCAUGCAGGACAGUUUUGAUUGGACAAGACAUUCAGGACCCACACCAUCAAGCUUAACUGGCCCAAACCAAGACCACACCACUGGAGCUGGUUUCUACAUGUAUAUUGAAGGAAGUAGUGUAACCCAUGGAGAUUCAGCUCGUCUUUGGAGCUCAAUGUGCCAUUAUGAUGGACCACUCUGCCUGAACUUCUGGUACCAUAUGUAUGGUUCAGCCAACGCCAUGGCCCUCAAUAUCUACCUGCUCAAAGACAAUAAAGCUACUAAACUCUGGUCCAUAAUGAACAACCAAGGUCCAGAAUGGCAUCUAGGACAUUUUUAUAUCAGAGUCACUGGUCCAUUCCAAAUUUUAUUUGAGGGAAUUCGAGGCUCCGAUGCUCAAUCAGAUGUGGCCAUCGAUGACAUUUCCAUAAACUUUGGCUCAUGUUUAGGUAGUGUCCCUGGCCUGGUUAGUGGAACUGUGUUUCCCUCCUCAGAUGUGGAAGUCCUCCCCUCACACCCAGUCUGCAAUUUGGACUGUAGCUUCGAUAGCAGUCUUUGUAGCUGGAGUCAGAUGAUCACAGAUGCUUUUGACUGGACAUGGCAAAGUGGUUCCACCCCCACUCUGAUGACUGGGCCCUCUGUGGACCACACUGGUGAUGGUCGUUAUCUUUACAUCGAGGCCAGCAGCGUGACGCAUGGAGACACGGCUCGUCUCAUCAGCUCUGAGUGUUCUGACUCUGGUCCUCAGUGUCUGCAGUUCUGGUACCACAUGCACGGCUCAGCAGAUACAAUGGGCCUCCAUGUUUACCUGCUCCAUGACAGACGAACAGAAGUUGUUUGGUGGAAGACUAAUGACCAGGGAUAUAUGUGGCAAAUGGCUCAGGUGGACAUCAGAACAACUCGAGCUUUCCAGAUUAUCAUUGAGGGACGUAGAGGCUCCAAUGAAGAGUCGGAUUCGGCAAUAGAUGAUGUAAAGCUUUAUCAUGGACGAUGCUCUGAUCUGAGUGGUGUUGAGUCAACAAGUCCUUCCAAACCUGAUGGAAGCACAGCUUCUCCAAGUGUCCCUGUGCCAUCCACUGCAGAUCCAGAGCCCCCUCAAGUCAAUGUAACUGCUCAGCCCUCUGAAGCAAAUGUUACCAUACGUCCCGUAGUGGCAGCAACAACCGACUUUAAUAAGGACAACGUUACUCAAGCUCCAGAUAACAGACACCCAGUAUGCCAACUCAACUGCAACUAUGAACAAGAUCUAUGUCAGUGGACCCAACUUGCUACUGAUGUUAUCGAUUGGACAAGGCAUAGUGGCUCCACCCCAACUAUAAUGACUGGGCCUUCUUCAGAUCACACUACGGGAGACUGUGGCCACUAUCUUUACAUCGAAGCCAACAGCGCCUCACAUGGUGACACAGCUCGUCUCAUUAGCUCUGAGUGUUCUGACUCUGGUCCUCAGUGUCUGCAGUUCUGGUACCACAUGUACGGCUCAGCAGAUACAAUGGGCCUCCAUGUUUACCUGCUCCAGGAUAUAUUAGCUGAUGCUGUUUGGUGGAAGAUAAAUGACCAAGGAAAUAUGUGGCACCUGGCUCAGGUGGACUUGGCAACAUCUGGAGCUUUCCAGGUUAUAUUUGAGGGGCGAAUAGGUUCCAAUGAUCAGUCUGAUGUUGCUAUAGAUGAUGUAUCACUUCAUCGUGGACACUGCAGAGACCUAGCUCAACCAACAACCCCUGCUCCCACAACCUCCAAACCAGUUGCAACAGAAGGUACAGAGCUUCCUCAAGAGAAUAACUCAACAAAACCACCAUCAACAGCUACCUUCACAACAACAAUCCCCACAACAACAGUAGCUCCAACUGCUUCUGAUACACAAUCCCCUACAAAGCCAGACACAACAACAAGGCCACAGCUUUCAACAACCUCCAAACCAAUAGAAACUACCACAUCUGGCCCUGAAACUACAGCUAGACCCCACCCACUGACAACAGAGCACCCAGGAGUUGAACCCUCACAUCAACCAGAACCUGAAAUUAUUGAAAACCCUCAAACAACAGAAGGACAAGAGCAUCCUGUUACAUCUACUAAUGAACCCCACACUACAGAUAGACCACAACCACCAACUACAACUCUACCACAGCCAGAAACAACAGCAGGACCACAACCUACAACAACUAAUAAACCACAUUCGACAACAGGCAGACCACAACCUACAACUGAAACACUACCACAGCCAGAAACAACAGCUACACCACAGCCACCACAAACAACAGUUCAACCACAACCACCAACCACAGCUACACCAAAGCCACCACAAACAACAGUUCAACCACAACCACCAACCACAGCUACACUAAAGCCAUCACAAACUACAGUUAAACCACAACCAACAACAACAGCAGGACCACAACCUACAACAUAUAAUAAACCAAAUUCGACAACAGUUCAACCACAACCACCAACCACAGCUACACCAAAACCAUCACAAACUACAGUUAAACCACAACCAACAACAACAGCAGGACCACAAAAUACAACAUAUAAUAAACCAAAUUCGACAACAGUUAAACCACAACCACCAACCACAGCUUCACCACAGCCACCACAAACUACAGUUAAACCACAACCAACAACAACAGCAGGACCACAACCUACAACAACUAAUAAACCACAUUCGACAACAGGUAGUCCGCAGCCUACAACUACAGCUACACCACCAUCAACAACAACGGCAAUACCUCAACCACCAGUUACACCUGUACCAACACCCUCUUGUCCAGAGAACAGUCACUACACCACGUGUGUCCCUGCCUGCAGUCCAACCUGCACACACCUGAAUGGCCCACCACGUUGCACUGAAGAUGAGGGUUGUGUGCAGGGAUGUGUAUGUGAUGAAGGCUUUGUUCAGAAAAAGAGGGUUUGUGUGCCUAUCGAACAAUGUGGUUGUGUGAAAAGGAAUGGCACCAAAUAUGAUUUCUCUGAUGUGUGGUACACCAAUCACUGCAGUCAGAAAUGUGAAUGUGAGAAAGACCAUGGCGUCGGUCGGAUUGACUGCGAUGACAAAGAAGAGUGCGAUGGAAAUGCUGUUUGCCUUCAAAAUGAUGAGGGCAAUUAUUACUGCCAGUCUACAGGCUUCAGGGACUGCACCAUCAGGGAAGACCCUGAAUACAGAUCAUUUGAUAAAAUGAAACACGACUUUGAGGGUGACCACUCGUAUGUGCUGGUCCGGACCAACUACUUGCCAAAUAACCUUCCACAUGUCUACAUCGAGGGUAUCAACACUGUAAAGGAUGAGGAUGAUAGUCAUCAACAUGACGACAGCAGCAGUGAAGAAGACCACAGUCGCAGAGUUAGGGAUGAUGAUGAUGAAGAUAAUGAUGAUGAUGAAGAUGAAGAUGACCAUGAUAAUGACCAUGAUAAUGACCAUGAUGAUGACCAUGACCAUGAUGGUGAUGAUAGCAAACAUGAUCGCUCAAGUGAAGAGCACAAGGAGAACCACAGCUUACAAGAGCUUAAGAUCAGAGUGUAUGAUCAUACUGUGGUAUUAAAGAAAAACCGGAGGCUGGUUGUGGAUGGAAGGAGAACAAAAAUGCCCGCCUCACCGACUGCUGGUCUAAAAAUCUGGGAACAUUCUUCUCACAUCUACCUGAAGACCGACUUUGGCCUCUCCGUGGAGUUUGACGGCCACGGCAGAGCAGAAAUCAUUCUACCCCGCAUAUAUAAAAGGAAAGUUGGGGGUCUGUGUGGGAACUUUGACGGUAAAAAAAAGAAUGACAUGAUGAAGCCAGAUGGUACCAGGGCCAAGAACGUUCAAGAGUUUGGAGAGAGCUGGAGAGUGUGAAAGAUUGGUGGACGUCGGGUUAAGACAUCAAAAGUACUCUGUGGAAAUGUUGACGACUAGUUGUAACAUCACUGUGGCAUUCACAAAAAAGCUCAACACUGAUGAACCCUUACCCUAAUAAAAACUUAAGAGUUAAGGAGAUUUCAGUUUUUCCUUAGACAGCAUGUAAUCUCCAAACCUAAGCUGCCAAAAUGUGACUUGGAACGAACAUAACCUGUGGCCAUGAAGACUUUAAAAGGACUUGGACUAUAAAAAUUGUAUACACACAAACUAUAUCACAGUAAAAUAAGACAUGUCUGCUGCUUACACCGUUUUCUGGGAUUUUGCAUUGUUUCAAGAAUGUGAUGUCCAACUUUCAAGUCCAUUUUUUAAGAACUAACAAACUUUCAUGAAAUAUCUCACAUCUUUAAUUUUUUCAAAAAAUCCUUGUACUCCUUGUGAGAUAUAUCAGAUGUUGUCCGUUGUCAUUAGGGUAACGUAUUUGUUAUGCAU